UAUAUAUAUAUAUAUAACAAGGGGAAAUUACAAGUGAAGAUUAAGCAAUAAAAGCAAUGUUACACACACACAACCGACGAAUUAAUAAAUUCUAGUUUGAUUUGCAAAAUAGUGAAUAAAGGUUAAAAUUAGUACAAACACAUAGAAAUGAUGAUGGAGUUGAGUCAUAGUCUAACCCUCAAUGAGGAUGCUCUUGAUCAGAUUCCUGAAGCUAAAAGACCAGUUUUUAUAUUUGAAUGGUUACGUUUUCUGGAUAAAGUUUUAGUUGCUGCACAAAAGAGUGACAUAAAAGGAUGCCAACAAAAAUUGGUAGAACAAUUGACUAAACACAUGCAAGGUGCACCUGGACCUCCCACACGACGUCUUAUUGCAAGAUGUCUUGCUACUUUAUUUAGUGUAGGUGAUACGUUCCUUCUAUUUGAUACCGUUAAUAAGUGUAAUGAUAUUCUUAAAAAUAAAGAUGACUCGCCAAGUUUCUUACCGACAAAAUUAGCUGCGAUAUGUUGUGUCGGAUGUAUGUAUGAAAAAUUAGGAAGAAUGAUGGGAAGAUCCUAUGAAGAAACUGUACAAAUUCUAAUAAAAUCUUUACGUUCUGCAGAAUCACAAACGCGAAUAGAAAUUAUGCAUACUUUAGAAAAGGUAUGUGCUGGUAUGGGAUCUGCAAUAACAAAUGUUCACAAAGAAAUAUAUAAAGUUUCUAGACAUUAUUUAACUGAUAGGGUAAUGGCUGUUAGGUGUGCUGCUGCAAAGUGCUUAUUAGAAAUGUUAAAUCAUGCACUAUUCCUUUGUACAACAGAGAUAGAAAGUGUAGCAACAUUGUGUUUUCGAGCAUUUGAAGGCUCAAAUUAUGAAGUAAGAUGCGCUGUAGCCAAAUUAUUAGGCUCAUUGGUGGCAAUGACACAAAUUCCAACUCCUAAAGGAAAAAAUCUAGCAGUUAUACAAAACAAAGGUGGUAAACAAACAUCUUUGGAAGAAGUGUUAAAUAUUUUAAUGUCAGGCUUUUUGAGAGGUGGAGUUGGUUUCUUAAAAGGUACUGGUGAAAUAAUCAAAGGUACUUCCAGUAUAAAUAGAGAAGUUCGAGUCGGUGUCACUCAUGCAUAUGUUGUAUUUGUUCAAAUGUUAGGAGGUACAUGGUUAGAACGAAAUAUCGGUGUAUUAGUAGCACAUGUAUUAGAUCUCGUAACUAAUCCAAAAGCAGCUAAUUCGCAUGUUGAUGCAGUAUAUUCGAGAAAAUGUGUUAAUUUUAUAUUACAUGGUACAAUAGGAAAAUUACUCAGUGAAGGAGCUCAAGCUGCUGCUUGUAAAGAAAUAGCACAUAUAAUAUUGAAACAGAUGAAUUCAAUUGAUUUUAGUCCAGAAAAUGCUAAAGACUGCAAUCAAGAAACAUUAUUCAGUCAACAUUUACUAGUAUGCGCACUUCAAGAAAUGGGAAAUUUAAUAUUAGGAUUGGGUACAACAGCAUCCAAUUUAUUAUCUGAUCAAUCUUUGAGUUUAACGGAUACAAUCAUGGCUGUUUUAAUACAUCCAUGUCAAGCAGCAAGACUUGCAGCUUCUUGGUGCUUGCGUUGCAUUUGUGUCGCUGUCCCCAGUCAAAUUACACCUUUAAUUGAUAGAUGCGUAGAGGGUAUUGAAAAUAUGCGAAGUUCACCUGAGGCUAUUGCUGGUUAUAGUAGUGCACUUGCUGCUGUUUUAGGGAGUGUUCGUUUUUCACCACUUGGUGUGCCACAUACAAAGGGAAAAAUAAUUUUCAAUACAGCAGAGGAACUUUUAAGAAGUGCAAGUCAAAAUAGUCGUUUGUCACUAAAUAGAACCCACGCUGGCUGGCUUUUGAUUGGAGCUAUAAUGACACUAGGUACAGCAGUGGUUAAAGGUUUACUACCAAGAAUGUUACUUUUAUGGAGGAACUCUUUUCCACGUUCAAAUAAAGAAUUAGAAAGUGAAAAAGCACGUGGUGAUGCAUUUACUUGGCAAGUAACAUUAGAAGGUCGAGCAGGUGCUUUAUCUGCUAUGCAUAGCUUUUUAUUACAUUGUUCAGAACUCUUAAACGACGAUAUUACAAGACGACUUUUAACGCCAAUUGAAUCGGCGCUUGCAAUGUUAACAAAUCUAUCUACAGUGCUUAAAAAUUACGGGCAGCAAUUAAAGGCCCCUGCUGCUAUGGUCCGUUUACGUUUAUAUGAAACUUUAUUAUUGUUGCCACCUCAAACUUUUGAAGGUUCUUAUACUCAUCUUUUAAGAAUGUUAGUAUCAGAAUUUACACUGACGGAAAAUCCUGGGAAUACGACAACAUCUUUAUUACGUACUGUUUGUCAUGCUAAUGAUUCCGUCAUUCUUGGUACAUGGCUACAAGAAACGGAUCAUCGUAUGAUUGAAGAUCAAUUGGAAUCAAACAGAAGGGCAGAUUUGGAUCAUUUGCAACCCAAUAGUGCUGCAGGGUCUGGAGCAUUAGAACAUAACUCUUGUUGUUUAUAUCGUCCAGUUCCUCAUGAUGAAAUAGUCCCUGGACCUUUGCCUUUGGGAGUAGCAGUUAUUGAUCUUUCUAUUUCUCUCUUUGGACAAAUCUUCCCUCGUGUAGCAAAUAAACAUAGAUUACAAAUGCUAGAUCAUUUCAGUGAAUGUAUAAAGCAUACAAAAUCUGGUAGGCAAGAAGCCAUACAAAUGAAUGUUUUUACGGCUGUAUUAAGUGGUUUAAAAGGACUCAAUGAAGCAAAGACUGGCUUUGGACAAGAAGAUGUUAAAAAAUCAGCGACUAAUCUUAUUAUAAGUACACUUGUAAGCAGUAACUCUAUCUUACGAUGGGCUGCAGGAGAAGCUGUUGGAAGAAUGGCACAAGUUAUUUCAGAUCCUAAAUUCACAGCAGAAUUAGCACAAACCAGUUUUGAUCGAUUAAAGUCUGCUCGUGAUGUUGCAAGUAGAACAGGGCAUUCUUUAGCAUUAGGUUGCCUUCAUAAAUAUGUUGGAGGAAUGGGUUCCAGUCAACAUCUCAAUACUAGCGUUAGCAUAUUACUUGCUCUUGCACAAGAUAAUUCAUCUCCUGUAGUGCAGGUAUGGGCAUUACAUGCUCUUGCCCUUAUAGCUGAUUCAGGUGGACCAAUGUUCCGAGGUUACGUGGAACCUACAUUAUCUUUGGCAUUAACUCUUCUUCUAAAUGUUCCUCAAUCUUAUAUUGAUGUACAUCAAUGUAUAGGAAAAGUAUUGUCUGCUCUUAUUACAACAAUAGGACCAGAAUUACAAGGGAAUACUACAACGAUUUGCAUGGCUCGAUCAUCGUUUUUAUGCGCUUGUGCUAUUAUGCAAGAUCAUCAAGAUCCACUUGUACAAGCUGAAGCUACAGGAUGUCUUCAACAAUUACAUUUAUUUGCACCUAGACACGUCAAUUUAUCUUCUCUUGUUCCUACAUUAUGCCGAACCUUAUCAAGCAAUCACUUACUUUUGCGUAAAGCAGCUAUAUCGUGUCUUCGUCAACUUGUUCAACGUGAAGCAAAAGAAGUUUGUGAACAUGCAAUGACACUAGCAAAUGAAAGUAGAGGUACUAAUGUAGUAGAAGGACUUGUUAUAACAGAAACAGGGCUUCCAGGAGUUUUAUUUAGUAUGCUAGACACAGAAACAGAUAGCAAAUUAAUUAAAGAUAUACAUGAUACAUUAACGAGUAUGUUACAAAUAUUAGCUGCUGAUAAUUUGUCUCAGUGGUUAUCACUUUGUAAGGAUGUACUGACAAUUGCAUCAGAAUCAAGUACAACUGAAGAAGGGAAUAUUGCAAAUAUCGAAGACAGUACAGCAGAUAAUGAAAAUACUGAUGUAGAAGGAGAUGAUGAUCAAGCAGAGUUUCAUGCUGAUGAAUCUACAAAACAACGACCAUCCAUAACUCCUCGAUGGCCAACAAGAGUUUUUGCUGCUCAAUGUGUAAGACGUAUAGUAGCUGCUUGUGUAAAUAAUAAGCAAGCUCAUUUUGAUCUUGCAUUAGCUAAAGAAAUGCAAUUAUCUAAAGGAAAAGGUGAUUUCUUAGUAUUACAUCUCUCUGACUUGGUACGAAUGGCAUUUAUGGCUGCAACUAGUGAUUGUGACCCAUUACGUCUUGAAGGUCUUAAAACAUUACAAGAAAUUAUUGAUAAGUUUGCUAAAGUUCCUGAACCAGAAUUUCCUGGACAUCUUUUACUUGAACAAUUCCAAGCACAAGUAGGUGCUGCAUUGAGACCAGCAUUUUCUACAGAAACAGCAUCUCAUGUAACAGCUGCUGCUUGCGAAGCUUGCAGUGCUUGGAUUGGAAGUGGUGUUGCUAGAGAUUUAAAUGACUUAAGAAGAGUACAUCAGUUGCUUGUUUCUUCAUUAGAAAAGUUGAGAGAAGGCCAUACACGUCCACAGCUAUACAAUGAAAGUCUGUCUACUCUUGAACGUCUAGCGAUUUUAAAGGCAUGGGCAGAGGUAUAUGUAGUUGCUAUGAUUAAGGAUGGUACAGCAUUAAAUAGUUAUAAUACGUCAAUUACUAAUAUAAAUCGAGCAGACGAUAGCACUGGUAAAGAAUUUGGAGAAUUCGAAUUUCAAAAUGAAAGUUUGUUAAGUUUAGUACAACCUGAGCUUUUAAGUUUGAGUCAAUAUUGGUUAGCUGCUUUGAGAGAUCAUGCUUUACUUUCAUUACCUCCAGAAUUCUCCAGCCAGUUACCACACGACGGUGGGGCUUUUUAUACGACAGAUACAAUGGAAUCUGCUCGUCCUCAUUAUGCAGAAUCAUGGGCCCCAAUACUUCACGCUGCUGCUUUAUGGCUUAACGCAAAAGGAUUUGGAAUGUCAAAUACAAAUGAUGAAACAAAAACUUCAAAUGUUUCUAGUAAUAAUUUAAACAACAACAAUAACAAUAGUAAUAAUAAUAAUAUUUCAACUAGGAUUGAUACAAAUGUUGAACGUUUCCACCUACUUUUUGGAAUAUGUAUGGAAGCAUUGUGUAGUCCACGUUCAUCUGAGUCUACACAAAAUAUAGAAACAUGUUUAAAUGCUUUAUAUACCUUACUUGAUUCUGUAUGGGCUCGUAAAAUUUUAAUUACAGACAAAUCAUUAUCUAUUGAAUUGUGUAAUGUUUUACAUAGAUUACUUUUAACAAGAGGAAAUUAUAUUAUUCAAAUGAUAACAAUGGAAGUUUUAAAACAAGUAAUGAAAGCAGCUCAAGAAGAUUUGACAGAAAAAAAGAAAGAAAAACAAAAAGAAUUAUCACCAACAAACGAAGAAAAUAACGAAAAAGUAGAAUUUGACUUAUUGGGUGAAGGAGGAGAAACAGGAGAACUUAUACCAGGCAAAUCAUUAGUCUUUGCCUUGUUAGAAGUAUGUUUGUGCUUAUUAGUUCGUCAGAUACCGGCAUUAAAUCCUAAUCCAGGUAGUGCGACUGCUAUUUUAUCUCAAAAAGGUUAUAUACCAACAGAAGAAAGUGGAAAACUUAUUGCUUCUGCUUUAAAUAUAAUGGAAUCACUUCCAGUACUUUGCUCACCACAAGGUGCUAUAGCAAUUUUACCAACUUUAUUAUACUUGGCAACAGGUGUAAUAAGAGAAACAGCAGUACGAGUUGAUAAUGAUUUUGGAAAACUAGGUUCAGAAACACCUGUUCAUGCAGCAUUGCAUUGCGUUAAAAGUCUUACUACUAACAAGUAUGCAAAAGAUGAUAGAAGCCAAACUCAGUGGACGGGACUAUUACAAAGUGCUUUAGCAAAAGUUAUUGAUCUUGCUAAAACAGGUAAUGAUGAAACAAAAAUGGAUGAAGUGGCGAUGAUGUUAAGUAUUGCUGUAUUUGUCCUACAUGCAUUACCAGAUGUUAUCAGUGCACCAAAUUUACAGUUUCCUUGUAUAAAUCAUUUUAGACAUGCUUUUCAGUCAGAGAAUAUGCUAGUUAAAUUAAAGUGUGUUCAGACCUUGAGAACGAUAUUCUUACAUCCAGAACGUAUGAUAAGUACUCCCUAUAUUCAUUCAUUGGCACCUAGAUUAGUGGAAUAUUUAUAUAGUGAUAAGAGUAAACAAGUUACGAACGAAUUAGAACUUUCUUUCACAUUGGAAUGUAUCAGUACAGUAGAAGCUCUUAUAGGAUUGGCUGAAUUAUCUAAUCGAGAUCUCUUGCAAGGUAUACAAAUGUUGACAUUAUUAGUUCCAAUUCUAAUCAAUUAUCUCUUGGAAGGUGAUCAACUUCAAAAUGCUUCCAAAUAUCAAAUAACAUUACAUCAGCAAAGUUUUCAAUGGCUAAAUAAAAUAGGACCAAAAUAUCCACAGGAAUUUAAAACAUUAAUGUCUCAAUCGGCGGAGUUAAAAACUAAAUUGGAAAAUGCGGUAAGAUCCAGUCACCAACAAGCAUUAAGGCACUCUAGGCCUAUAGAACCUGUAAAACAUCAAUUCAAGAUGUCCACACCUUCUAUAAAAUUAAAAACAGAUUUUUCUAAUUUUAACUAGCUAUAAUAGUAUAAUCAGGAGUUUCAUAAAUGAUGAUCAUAUAAUAUCUUUUAAUCUUUUAACAUGUUAUCUCCACACACGGUAUAGAACAAAUGUGAUAAUAUAAUUAGCUCUUAAAACUGGAUAACUAAUUGACAAGCAAAAAAAUGAAAUAUCAUCCAGUUAUUUCUUUGAUACAUCUAUGAUAUACUGAUAUCUCACUUACUAUAAAAUUUUAGAUAAAUUCUUCCAACAUAAUUUUUUUCUUAGUAAGAUUCAUGUGUGAUUGUACUUAGAUAAAAAUAAUAUCAGUUUAUAGAAAUUUGAAAAUUAUACAAGAGACGAUUGGAAAAAUAAAUUCAAACUUUGAUAUCUGGCAUUUGUCCAAUACAUUUGUUUGUGACAUCAACGUGAUGCCACCGAAUGGCAUAAUAUGUUGAUAUAUCUAGAAUAUAUUCUAUUCAUUCAAUUAAAUUACAUAAACCAUUGGAUUUUUUGUUGUAGAAGUAUAUAUUACUUUUAAAGUUUACUAUAUUAUACCUAUCAAUAGGAUUAAUUCUUAUAUUAAUUUUUUCCAGUCUUCUCUUCCGAAUUCAAUAAUAUUCUACAUUAGAAAUGAAUUGUAUAUAUUAGGUAUAGAAAAAUUAUCUUUUAUAUCUAGAGAGUAAAUAUUAAUUUACUGUAUAACAUGAUAUCUCUGAAUUUAUAAUUUUAUCUUAUGAUUCAAACUUACAACGUCUACUUGUGUGUCGUGAAAAAAUAAUAGUAAAAGCACAAGAAGAGAUAGAAUAUAGAAUAUUUGUAAGGAAAAAAAAAUAAAAGAAAACAUGAAAAUAUUAUAAUAUUAUGUAACACUUCGUCUUGAAAACUAAUGACCAAUAUCAUGACUAUUGUUCGUGUAUUUUCACAACUGAUAUACGUAUUAAUGUUUUGAUAUAUUUAUUUAUUUAGAAUUCCUAUGAAAUAAAAAUCAUGAUUAGUGGAUUUUGUAAUAAUGUCAAAUUAAAUUAUUUAAUAAUAUGUGACAGGAUUUAUAUAACAGAACUUUUACUUUUAUUAAAUAUCUAUGUAUAUAUUAUACAUCUAUGUAAACCAAAAAAUAAUCAAUGUUCUUGUAUUGUGUAUAAAUUAAUGUCAUUACAAAAUGGCAAAUAUUUACUGAUAUUGAUUAUUUA